AUGGCUGGUGGGAUUUUGAGUGUCACGUCGCGCAUUCUCAUUGUCGACAUGCUUGCCAAGCGCAUCCCCACGUCGCUCAUUACCGGGAUGGUGGUGCUACACGCUGAGCGCGUCUCGCCCACCUCGAUUGAGGCCUUUAUUCUCCGCAUUUACCGGCAGGAAAACCAGGAUGGCUUCCUCAAAGCAUUCUCUAGCCAUGCCGAGCAUCUCGCAUCUGGAAAUACGACACUGCAGACGGUUAUGGGGCAGCUUCGCCUGCGCACUGUCGACAUCUGGCCGCGGUUCCACCAGUCGAUCGACCGCGACCUUGGCCAGCACCGCGCAGAUGUGAUUGAGCUGCACCAGCCGCCGACGCCCUCGAUGCGUGCAAUUCAGUCGGCGAUUGUCGAGUGCCUUGAGGCGACGCUCGCCGAAGUGCGGCGCAGCAAGCUGGCCGAAGAAGUGGACGAGUUUAGCGUGGAGAGUGUGAUGCACCGGGCGUUUGAUGUCACGGUCCGCCGCCAGCUCGACCCCGUGUGGCACCGCCUUGCGCCCUCGACCAAGCAGCUGGUUGCAGACCUUGGAACGCUUCGUACGGUAUUGCACUACCUGAUUUCGUACGAUGCCGUGUCGUUCCACACCUAUCUCGAGACGAUCCUUGCCACGAAUGCCGGCGAGCCCGGGCGGCAGCGGCAGUCGGCGUGGCUUCUGAGCGAUGCCUCGAAUAUUGUGUUCCGCGAAGCGCAGCGCCGUGUGUGGCACGAGACGAGCGAAGGAACGACGGAGCUCACGCUUGAAGAGCCGCCCAAGUGGAAGCUGCUCCUCGAUGUAUUGGACGAGGUUGAGCAAGAGGUGCACUUGCGCCCCUCGCCCAUCUUGAUUAUGACAGAUGCGGAGCGUACGUCUGCGCAGCUGCGUUCCUUCCUUUCGAGUGCCGACGAGGACGAAGAGCACCCUGGGCGUCCGGUGAUGGCCGCGACCUUUGCUGAGUACUUGCAGUGGAAGCAGAGUGUGCAAGCCUUUCAGCGGACAAAAGAGACGCCCGGUGCGGACGAGGCGCUGAGCGAGGCGCUGCAGCGCAAAUCUGCGCGCUCCUCUGCGCUAAAGCGGCGGCGAAUCCGCGGCGGGAUGGCGAUGCCGGUGCACACCCACGGCGAUGCAGCGCCGCAAAACCUGCCCGAGCUCCCUCCUGAUGCCCCCCGUGCGCAGCCGUGGGAGCUCAAGAGUGAUGAGCCAGAAGAGACGCUCGAGGACUACUUCGGCCUGGUGGAUCUCGGCAACAUUGUGGUGAUCCACACCUAUCGAGGCGAGGAAGACGACAGUCUACUGCAGGAGCUGCGUCCGCGAUACGUGAUCAUGUACGAUCCUAGCCCCUCGUUUGUGCGCCAGGUCGAGGUGUACCGCACGAUCCAUCGUGCGGAGGUGCAAGUCUACUUUAUGCUCUAUACUGACUCGGUCGAGGAGCAAAUGUACCUCGCGCAGCUCCGGCGCGAAAAAGACGCCUUUGAGCGUCUUAUCCGGCAGAAAGCGACGAUGGCCAUACCCCUCACGGUCGAUGGCAAGCCGGAGGAAGACGCAGACCAGCGCAUGCUGCGCAACCUGAGUUCACGUGUCGCGGGCGGCUCGCAGACGCUGCAGCCCCCGUCGGUGGUGGUGGACAUGCGCGAGUUUCGCUCGAGUCUGCCCUCGCUGCUGCACGCGGCCGGGAUGCGCGUGAUUCCCUGCACGCUGCAAGUCGGCGACUAUGUGAUUGCCUCGGACAUGUGCGUCGAGCGCAAGAGCCUCACCGACUUGGUCCAGAGUCUCAACUCGGGCCGCCUGUAUACCCAAUGCGAGGCGAUGUCGAUCCACUACCAGCACCCCAUCCUGCUCAUCGAGUUUGACCAGGACCGUGCCUUUACGCUCGAGGCGCUCGGCGAGGCGAAGCAUGCCAAGACGAUCACCGCACGCACCUCGGCCACGGAGCUCGACGUGCAGUCUAAGCUCGUGCUCCUUACGCUGUCCUUCCCCCGCCUGCGCCUCAUUUGGUCCUCGUCGCCGUACGCAACCGCGGAAAUCUUUUCGGACCUCAAGCAGAACCACGACGAGCCCGACGCGGGGGCGGCCGCGGCCAUCGGCAUGGACGACGAUGUGGUUGGCGAGCACACGUUCCAUUUGACACCGGUCGAUAUGCUACGUGCCAUGCCCGGCGUCACGGCCAAGAACUAUGUUUACCUCACGAAUCAUGUCGAGAGCAUCCAGGCGCUGUGCGCGAUGCCCCUCGCUGCCAUCCAGGAGCUUAUCGGAAGCGAGCCGGGAAAGAAGCUCCACGCCUUUCUCCACGCCGCUGCCACGUAG